UUGACUCUUAUAACAAAAUCCUGAUUCAAAUUCUCGUCGACAGAAAUCAUUUCUUUUCAUCUCGCUGCGUACGUUGAAAACGUGUAUUGCUUUAUAUGGAAGCAGUAUAAAACAAUAACGCAAAAGUUAAUUUGUAUAGUUUAUCGGGGCGGCAAGCGUGCGCAUUAUCAUCACAUAGCUGAGCGUUGAUAACAGACUCACCUGUGCGACACACUUGUACCGCAAGCUCGCACGACCUACCAGUACGCCAGCCAAAUUCGUUUCGUGCACAUCGUUUGCGUUUCAAGUAUUGUUUUAAAUUCCGCUCGUGUGAAAAAGUGCGACGCGCAAAAUGAAGGAGGACAUCGACGUCGGGAUGCGGUGCAUCAAGUACAUGCUGUUUACUACAAACUUUAUGUUUGCCCUAAUUGGCUUUUUGCUAAUUUCCGUGGGCAGCACAAUCACGUCUAUCUACAAUGAUUUCCAAGUGUUCAUGGCUGAGCAUUAUUUCAGCCCGGCGGCACUUUUGAUCGCCAUUGGCGUCAUCAUCUUCUUCGUUUCGUUGUUCGGUUGCUUCGGCGCCAUCAAGAAAAGCACAUGUCUUAUUAAUACGUAUGGUGUCCUUUUGGGUAUGAUUUUCAUCCUUGAAAUUUCCGCCGCCAUUGCAGCGUAUUCAAUGCGUGGCAACAUUGGUGAAUACGUUGAAGAUGCUAUGCGCAGUUCUAUUGAUAAAUACGAAUCAGAUGAAAGCUCCAAGGAAGCAUGGAAUUUCUUACAAGACAAGUUGGAAUGCUGUGGCAUUGAUAGCUUCAACGAUUGGGGUGAGCAAACACCGCCAGAUUCAUGUAAAACAUUGAUCAUAGAGCUGGGUGCUGAUCUUUAUUACAAGAGUGGUUGUUUGAACAAGCUGUCAUUUAUCGUGAGUGAAUGUGCUGGUUUAGUAGGAACAGGUGGUAUCUGUGUGGCCAUUGUUCAGCUUUUGGGAGUCAUCUUCGCAUUUAUGUUGGCUAAGUCCAUCAGACGUUUGAAGACUGCAGCCGAGAUGCAGCGACAGGAGAAUCAACGCUUCUAUGCUCAGCUGGCGAAUGGUAACGGGAACAGCGAGAAACCAUCGCCAGUGCUUUACACCGCCGCCCACACCGAAGCUUAAAUAUUGCGCUUAUCAGUAAUCAACAAAUAAACUAUAGUAAACAUAAAAUAAAAGAAACAAUGAUUGCAACAGACUAUAUUUUGUAAACAUAAAAGUUAAUAAUUCUAAAAUUAUUAAUCAGUAGAGUAGCGGCACUAAAAACACGAAUUUGUUUGACUUUUCGACUUUGCACCUGUGGUUUUCGGUUUAUAUUUGAUACAAUAGUCUGCAUUACCGUGGUUUUUGUUCCUGAUUCGUUGUGAUCACAUUAUCAGUCGUCACGUCCAGCGAUUAGAUGUUAACAUAAGUGGCUCUAUCUAGACAAAGCAUAAACACAAUCUAGAGUUAGAAUUAAGAUUAUAUAUUUAAUUUUAGACUUGCUUAAGGGCGCUAGUAACACUAGUUUAAUUUUCAUCUCAAAUUAUGAUUGAUUUGAGCUCAAGCUGUACCAUAUGAGAUUAUGUUGGUAAUUUAGUUGUAUAUUAGUUUAUCAUUUGCGCCAAUAGCGUCUAAAUGUUUAUCUUGUCGACUUUGUUGUAUUAAACCUUGAUAUUUAGUUAAGAAUAUAUGUAGAAUUUGUUUUGA